AUGGCCAGUGACUUAGACCGGAACUUUGUGUGCGGCGACCCAGACAUGUUGAGUUUCUCGUUGUCGAAGUCUGCGCUCGACCCGGUGAACGAGAACGUCGAGUGGUGUUGCACGACCGGGUUCUUGUUGAUCUCGAUCGGCUGCAACGGGCGCGCGUCCGCAACGUCUUCCUCCUCGUCGUCAAUGGCGUUCUCGUUCUCUUCCAAGUACGUUUUGGACCGGGCGUCGUACGAGUCCACCGACGUGCUGAGCCGGUCGCUCGUGUUCAUGCUCGACCGGCUUGGGUCCGUGGGCACAGGGUCCCUGUGGUUGUCCAGAUGGAACGCCUGGAACCCGUUCAGAACCUUGUUGGACUCGUCCCACGCUACACUCGCCUGUGUUGAUCACGUGAUCCGGGUCACGCAAGUGGUCGGUGCCAGAAGCCAUGUUCCAGACCUGGACCUGUUUGUCUCUGCCGCCGCUAACAACGUAGUCGAGUUCCGGAUGCCAGUCCAGUGUGAGUCCCGGUCCCGUGUGUGCGUUGAGCUUGCGCUCAAAGGUGGUGGGCUUGCGGAUGUCCCAUUUCUGGAUCACUCCCGAGUCGGAGAUGUUGCAGAACUGGCGGCCCGAGCGCGGGCUGAACUGCACGCAUCUGAUUGCGUCGGCGUUUCCGAUGAUGGUGAUCUGGGCCUUUGUGUUUUUCAGCCGCAGGUCCCAGACUUUCAUCUUCCCGUCCUGGGAGCCAGAUAG